AUGUCACAAACCGUCGGAGCUACCAGACUCGCCUACUCAAGGGUAUGGCACCACAUCUCGGCGUCAACACCGCACCCGACGCUGAGCACGAUCAAGGCGCCGGCCGAGGCCGUGACCCCGCCCUCGCUGGGCCGGCUGGCGUCGCGGAUCGCGACGAUCCUCAUGGGCAAGCACAAGCCGAUCUGGGAUCCGUCGACCGACUGCGGCGACUACGUGGUGGUGACCAACUGCGCGGCGCUGUACACGACGGGCCAGAAGAAGUACCGCAAGACCUACUACCGCCACAACACCCGCCCGGGAUCGCUCCGCACCGUCACCAUGGACGUCUUGAUGGACAAAUUUGGCGGCUCCGAGGUGCUGCGCAAGGCCGUCAGUGGCAUGCUGCCCAAGAACAGGCUGCGGGACAAGCGGCUGGCGCGGUUGAAAGCGUUCGAGGGCGAUGCCCACCCGUACAAGGAGAACUUGGUACGGUUUGGUGGGAAGGUUGUGGGGACUUCGGGGUGGGAGGAUGUGGUUAAGGCUGUGAGGGCGGCGGAUGCUGCGAGGUUAUAG